UGGUCGUGUCUUUCAACAAUGAGUGCUUCAAUGACCAAAUUUAGCAAAGUAGAAUAUGAAGCUCUGGUUGAAUGUGUUGCUAAAAAUCCGCCUAUUUAUAAUCCUCAAAACAAUGAUUACAAAGAUUUAAAUAUUAGAGAUGCCAUUUGGAAGAAUAUUAGUGAAACCGUUGGACGUAGUAAUGAUGACUGCAGGAGAAGGUAUAAAAACAUAAAAUAUGCUUAUUUAAAAAAUAAACGGACAAGAAAAAUGACAACAGGAUCAAGUGCGUCUUCAAAACCAUCAAAAUGGUAUUUAGCACCAUUUUUAACAUUUUUGGAUACAGUACCACAAGAAAGAAUUACUCAUCUAAUAUGAAUGAUACUGAUGAAAAUGAAAAUUCUGGUUCAGAUUUAAGCGAUGAAGAAGUACAUGUUACAGAAGAGGUACCGUUAUCACCACAAACUCAAUGUGAUCAAUCAAUAUCACCAUCCAUGUCCAAGUCACGAAAAACGAGCAAAAGAAAAAAUUUAAACAUUACUGAACUUUUAGAAAAAAGGUCAAAAGAAAGAACACAGCUCAUGACACAAAUAUGUUCAAAAAAAAAUACAGUAGACGAUGAUGAUGUGGACCAUUUCUUUAAAAGCUUAGCCAUAUCUGUGAAAAAACUGCCACCACAUUUAAUUGCACAAGCCAAAUUGAAAAUGUUGACUGUAUUAACCGAUUUACAAUUUCAUGAUCCAGGUAAUCGUUACACUACGCCUAAAUCUAAUAGAGUAUUAAUAACACCAAGCCAGUCAACUACUAGUUCCACACAUUCAUUGGAAAACCACUAUACUCCAUAUAAUUAUAGUCCACCUUCAAUAAGUUCACCAUCAUAUACAAAUAGUCAACAACAGUUUGGAUCUUCAAAUAUAUGAACGCCUUUCGAUUCAGUAGCAAAUAUGAAUAAUGAAUGGAACACAAAUUCGCAGUAAAAUAGAGUAAAACAAUAAAAUAUAAUUAGGUAUUUACUACCAGUAAUAAAGGUAAAUGAUUUUUUUUUAGUUUGCAAUUUUCAUGCAUAUUUUAUAUUGAAUAUUUUAUAGGAACAUAUGUUAUUUUUAUUUAUUAACCAUGGUUUUAUACAUUUAUAAAUAUUUGUAUAAUUUAAUAAGAUUUAAAAUUGUUUUUAUAUUGAUCGUUUUAAUUUAUAACUUAUAUAUAAAUAUAAUAAUA